AUGGCGGCCGCUCCAGAUCCAGAGGAAAUCCUUCGUUCAACGAAAGGAAAAGAUAAAUUCCAGCGCAUUACACGACUUUUAGUAAGUGGAGGAACCAGCCUACUGAGGGAGAUUUUUGACUCUAUAUGUCCUCCAAGUAAUCUUCCUACGAUUCUAGGCAAUCCCGCAACAAAGAACCAGCUCAAAGCUGCAAAACUCACCAUGCCACAGUGGCACUCUCUUUGUCCUUCCCCAGGGGUGUACGGCAAGUCAGCAGAUUUUGAUGUCACUCUACUUUUUCGAUUGUUGAGAACUAUAUGCAGCCUCACCCCUCCCACCACAGGAUGGGAUGCACUACCGGUUAGUACAGAUCACAGUUUAACAGCUGAUAUAGCAAGGGUAAAGUAUUACCGAAACUCGGUCUAUGGUCACGUGAACCAAGGCAUGGAAAUUAGAGAUAAUGAGUUUAAAACACUUUGGCAAGAAAUCAGUGAAGCUCUUGUGAGGAUUGCUGGGCAGAUCAGUUCCACAAGGAAAAUUGCAUGGCAAGGAGCCAUUGCUAAAUAUUUGACAGAUCCUCUUACAACUGAAGAUGAACGAAAUGUGCAAGAACUCGAGGCAUGGUAUAAAAGUGAUAUGGAGAUCAAGAAAUCUAUAGAAGAAGUCAGGGAACGGAUAAAUCGUUUGGAGGUAGGGUUGAAAGUAUGUGGCCAACAUUGCCAUUUGCAUUGACUUUAAUUCAACAAAUUUAUGUUUUUGACAGCCAGACGAUUAAAUGGUAUUACUGAACCUUAGCCAGCAUUUGGAAGAAAAAACAGACCAGAAUACAGUGUAUAGUCUGAUAAGUAGGAAUUAAGUUUUACACUGAGUUCGUUUUCUAAACGUUUUCUCAAGUGAAUGUNUGGCAAGGAGCCAUUGCUAAAUAUUUGACAGAUCCUCUUACAACUGAAGAUGAACGAAAUGUGCAAGAACUCGAGGCAUGGUAUAAAAGUGAUAUGGAGAUCAAGAAAUCUAUAGAAGAAGUCAGGGAACGGAUAAAUCGUUUGGAGGUAGGGUUGAAAGUAUGUGGCCAACAUUGCCAUUUGCAUUGACUUUAAUUCAACAAAUUUAUGUUUUUGACAGCCAGACGAUUAAAUGGUAUUACUGAACCUUAGCCAGCAUUUGGAAGAAAAAACAGACCAGAAUACAGUGUAUAGUCUGAUAAGUAGGAAUUAAGUUUUACACUGAGUUCGUUUUCUAAACGUUUUCUCAAGUGAAUGUAAAGUGUUGAUUACUGUUGGUAAGGCCUUAACACAUACUGGUUAGCUCAACGAUCAUCAAUGAAAAUUACUGAGUAGAAUGUACGUCUGCUAUAUAAUUUGUUUCACAUUUGCAAAUGGUUAAAAAUCUUUAAUCUUUAAUCUUUAGUCAAAAUGCUAUAAUCUUCCUAGAGAAGGGCUUAUAACCUUACGCCCGCGGUAUCACAGUACCGCUAGACUCUUGUGGGACUUGCAAAGCAUCCUGACAAUGUCCAACCCUGUCUAGUGCAUUUUUAUGGGUUAUGCGAAUAGGUAGCGUGGACAGCACCUCAUAUGAGACCGUGCCAUUCCUCAUUAAGCUGGACCAUACUUAGUAAACAUUCUUUCAGAAUAUGAUUCGAGGAUGAGACUUAGUUUUUGUUGUUAUCAAGUCUGUUUAGUAACUGCUUAGUGUGUUUAUCCUUGGAGAAUCAUUGUUGACACUGAAAAAUGUCACACUUAGACAGCAGUUCAAGAGGAAUCAAAAAGCAUUACAGCAUUACAUGAACGAACGGAUCUCAUAAAAGCAGAAGUUCGUCAGGAAGCAAAAGAAAUUAAGGAUCAACUGAUAGAGAUGAAUCGGCAGUCGCUCAACAGAAACAGCCCUUCACGCUCUGCCGGUAAGGGUAAGUUCUUUUAAAAAACAAUACUCCUUCACGGGGACCAAAUGGAAUGAAACAACGCGUCGUUUUCUUCUGGAAAUAUAUGUGCAGGUUAAGAGCAGUUCGUAGAGGUUGUCCUACCAUAGCCCAGAUGCAAAAUCGGCAGAACAGGACAAGGGCCAAACCUUUCAGUUUGUCGCAUCCUUAUAGUUACAACGAAAUGAAAAUAUGGUUGUUUUUUCUUCACACUCGAGCCUUUCUCUGCAUACAAAACUACGACGAUGAUAUAUCGUAUCGUGCCUUUUUUUUCAAGUAAAUGGGGCAUGUUAGUCAUCCAAAUUUUGAUUUUCCAAAAUUGUUCGCUGCCACAUUGACUUUCUCCACAAUCAGCUUCAAUUGUGAGCGUACGCAAUGAAUCUAGGGUGGCAGUUUCUUACUAACUGAAUCAGUGUAUACUUGUAUCCAAUGACAGCUCAAGUUGAUGACUUUGUUAAACAAAAAUGGGAAACGAUUUGUUGGAUCUAUUUGAACACCUUGUUGGGCGACGCUGGAUGUGUUCAAUAAAUUUGCUAGAUCACCUUGAAUGAGAAAACUAAGUAUUUUUUGCCACUUGAACUUGUCUUGCAACAUUAUGGUUGCCCGGGAGAAAUUCUUGGAACUUCAGAGAUGUGCUGCGGAGGCCUUCAACCCUCAUUUCGUUUCUCAUACAGAAUUAAGUAAUUUCUUAAACAAAAGUAAGUGAUAGAUUUUUCUGAAACAUGUUGUUGGUACUCGGCACUCACAAGUCUUUUAAAGGUUUCUUUUCCUAAAAGACAUCAUACAUGUUCAGAUGCUAAAUAGUGAAAUAAUUGUCAAUAAUUGUAGACUCAAAACCCCAAAAGUCUUACCCUGUCCAGCGGCAAAUAAAUGAGGGAGUCCUCCCCACCCCAGGGUUGGUCGGUACUGGUUUCGUCAGUUAACAUACAAACGAUGGCCUGUAUUCAUCAACUUUGUUAAAUUUAACAUUGUUAAAUGUUGGAUGAUUGAUCAACUGAUCUUGUUCGAACGGGCCCUUAGUUUGAUAACAAGCUUAAAUAAUUAUAUUUCAGUGACGUUUUAGAUUGUAAAAUAAAGGUUUUAAUUUCUAGUCCAUGGUAGUUGUAACGUUUUGGGGGAGAGGGAACAUAGCCAGAGGAAUAAAAAGUUAUGUUCAAUCGCGAUUUGGGAAUCCAGAUCCAAAUUUAACGGAUUAUUUUGUCAUUAUUUAGCUCUUCUUCCAUUAAAGAUUGACUGUGAGGCCUUUUCUGGAACUGGUCCACAACGAGAAGCCGCAGUGAUGGUAGAGGCAUUACUGGAAGACCAAGGAAAGAUCGAAGGGGGGGCAGUUGUACCAGCCACCCCAAGUCCGUCACAAACCUCGAACGUAACUACUAUUCCUUCCUCACAAGACAUUUUGAAUUUAAUUGCCUCAAAGUACUUAAAUAAUUUGAACCCAUCAGCACCGGAAGAUUUUAAUAGUUUUGUACGGUAUAUGAAAGAGGUACGCGAGGUGAUUUUAGUGGAUUGUAAGCCAGGAAGCUUGAUAAUCACUGUAGAAUGUCGGUCUUUGAACAUUCUUGAACAACUUUGGCAAGACUAUUGUACACUCAAUCUAAGUCGAGUGGUGCAGCAAUACCUAGUGACCGAGGAUGUUCUAAAAGAACUUGGACUAACGGAGGUAAAACUGACGACGACCAUCGACGAAGAGGACUACAGAGCUUGUCUAAAGCAUUUUAAACGAGGUAAGUAUGAAAGUCUUCAACUAAACUAG